AAGGGGGUUGUAUACUGUAAGAGUAAGCCGCAGUGCGAGGCAAUUGCAGAGGAACUCAGGUGCGCUCAUUAUCACGCAGAUGUGGUAGAUCGUGGAGACCAGCUACAAGAGUGGGUAGAGAGGGGUGGGAUAAUUGUGGCAACGUCUGCGCUCGGAACGGGGGUAGACUUUGCGGGGAUUGUGUAUAUCUUGCACGUAGGCAUGCCGUGGAGCAUGAGUGACUUUGCGCAGGCAAGUGGUCGCGGAGGAAGAGGGGGAGAGCAAUUUGAUGUAGUGGUGCUAGUAGAGCAUGGGGAGGUAGAGAAGGCGAUAGAGAGGGAGAAGGACGAGAUUGAUGUGCUGGCGAUAGGACAGUUUUUAAUUGGCAGUAGAUGUCGACGAGAGCUGAUGAGCUCAUACUUGGAUCAAAGAGGGGUGAGCUGUCGGGACAUUGAGGCAGCGGGAUGCGAUCGAUGCGGAGAGGGGGAGGAGGUAUAG